GAAAAGUUUAAAAUUUGUAAUUAAAAUAAAUUUAAAUAGAUUAAAAAAUGCUUAUAUUUAUUUAUUAGUUGAUGAAAUUCAAUAAUUUUUGUUAUUUAAAAAGACUCACACACAAUAUUUUUAUUAUAAUUAAACAAUAUUAAAUAUCUAAAAUCUUAAUAAAUUACUAAAUUUAUUAAUUAUUUCAUCAAAUGGAAGACAAAAAAAAACUAAAUACAAACAAAUUGAAGAUUCCUGCUUACAAUUUGUAAAAUGAUAUUAAAUGUUACAACGAUACUUUAAAAUUCAAAGGACCCUAGGGUCAUGGAUACGCAGCUGAACGACUGAACAAUCUGGUGGAUUAAUUUAAAGGAAAAAAAGCUGUUGUUCUUAAUGAUAAUGUGAAAAAUGGACCUGAUAGAAUUUCAAAUGGAGUUUAUAUACAAACAAAAUAUUGCAAUAAUGCUUAAGCUACUUUUAAAAGCUGCUUUCAAGAUGGUAAAUUUAGAUAUAGUGGCUAGUAAAUUGAAGUUCCUCCAGAAUAAUAUGACUAGGUGGUAAAAUUGUUUCAAGAUAGGGGAAUAAAAGAUGUUACAAUAAGAAAGGGACAUGUAAGCUAUAAAGUAGCUAAAAACAUUGCUAAGUCUGGAACUAUUGAAGGCCUUACGUAUGAUACAGUUACUGGUAUAAAAAUGGGUGUUAAUACUUUUGGUAUUAGUUUCUUAUUAACUUUUGCUUGUACUAAAUGGAGUGGAGGCAGUACAGAAGAAUGUGUCUAAGAAUCUUUGUUAACAGCAUUAUAAAGUUCUGGAAUGACUGCAGUUUCACAUAUAUUGUCUCAACAAUUCAUUAGAUCUAGUUUUAACAGGUUUAAUAAUUAAAAGACACUAAAUCGAUUGAAAAAGCUUUUAAGUAAAGAUUAAUUGACUUCGCUUGUUAACAAAUUCAAAAAGUAGGGUGUGAAGAAAAUUUAUGCUUAACAAAAUGUUGCGAAAAUGGCGAAUAUUUAAAUUAUCAAUACUGUAAGUAUUUUAGUCGUUUAAACAUUUUGGGAUGUAAUUGAAGUAACUAGAGGAAAAAUAUCUAAAGAGUAGCUUUUAAAAAAUUUUAUUUGUAACCUCAGUAGUGCAGGAGGUUCUCUUUGUGGUACACUGUAUGGAACUUGUUUAGGAGGACCUGUUGGAGGGUUGAUUGGGGGAAUAGCAGGAGGAUAAGUUGCUUAAUAUGCUAUUAAAAAAAUACUUGAUAAAAUUACUCCUGAUCUAGAUAAGAUGGUAGAAAUUUUAUAAAGCUAAAUUUGUAAACUUUAGCAAGAAAAAUAUUUGCCUACUUAAUAAGAGUAUAAAGAAAUUUUAAAUAAUAUAGAAUAGCAUUUAAAAAAUUUUUUUUGUAACCUUGUAAGUGCUGGAGGUGUUUUUGCUUGUUCAGUGUAUGUAAUUUGUACAGGACCUGUUGGAAGUUUAGUAGGGACAAUAGUUAGAGGAUAAGUUACUUAAUAUAUUGUUAAAAAAAUACUUGAUAAAAUUACUCCUGAUCUAGAUAAGAUGGUAGAAAUUUUUUAAAGCUAAAUUUGUUAACUUUAGCAAGAAGAAUAUUUGCUUACAUAAUAAGAGUAUGAAGAAAUUUUAAAUAAAAUUAGUUUAGAAAUAAAAGAAGAUUUCUUUAAAAGCAUGUUUGAAAGCUCAGAUAGAUAAUUAUAUGCUAAAAAGAAGGUAAAACCUUAUUUCUAACAGGCUUUAAAAAAUAGACCUAAAAUUUAAGUAAAUGAAGAAAUAAAUAAAUAUUUAAAAUUUAAAUUAUGAGAUAAAUGUAAAAAUAAAUACAAAUUCUAUUAGUAUUUAUAUAUAUGAUCAAGUAUAUUUUUGAGUUUAAAAUUAAUC